AUGAAUGGUGAUGAUGUUGAUCUGUCUAGAGGAGAGUUAAAUCAAAGUUUUCCGGCGAGGUUUAAAGAUGAUGAUGAGUUCGAGAGUGAUAGCUUUGAUGCAAUGUCUGGUGAUGAUGAUAAACAUGAACAACGCCCCAAGAAGAAGAAGAAGACAAAGUACCAUAGACACACUUCUUACCAGAUUCAAGAGCUCGAAUCUUUCUUCAAAGUUUGUCCGCAUCCUACUGAGAAGCAAAGGCGUGAACUUGGAAGCAAACUUGCUUUGGAGAGUAAGCAAAUCAAGUUUUGGUUUCAGAACCGAAGAACACAAAUGAAGACGCAAAUAGAGCGGCAUGAGAAUGUAAUUCUCAGACAAGAGAACCAAAAACUGCGGGUCGAAAUCGGUAUCCUCAAAGAAGCAAUGAGAAGUCCUGUAUGCAACAACUGUGGUGGAUCAGUUAUACCUGGUGAGGUUUCAUAUGAGCAGCAGCAACUCAGGAUUGAGAACGCUAAGCUCAAGCAUGAGCUCGAAAAGCUUAUUGCUUUAGGAAACAGAUUCGUUGGCGGUUCUGUUUCACUCGAGCAGCCUUCAAAUGUUGGGAUUGAGACACAGCAUUUGCCUUUAGGACGAGGUACUAUGAUGUGUGAGAGCUCAACGUUUAUGGGUCUUGCCAUGGAGGCUAUGGAUGAGUUGAUGAAGUUAGCGGAAUUGGGCAAUCCUUUAUGGAUAAAAUGUUCAAAGAAGGAGAAAGAGACCAUGAAUCAUGACGAGUAUCGAAGCAUUUUCUCGGCUAGUAGUAAACAUCUCGGUUUUGUAGCUGAAGGUUCAAGAGAAACUGGUUUAGUUCUCAUCGAUAGUUUGGCUCUAGUGGAGACUCUUAUGGACACGAACCGGUGGGCAGAAAUGUUUGAGUGUAUUGUAGCUGUUGCAUCAACUGUUGAAGUGAUAUCCAAUGGUAACAGUGAAUCAAGAAACGGCUCUCUUCAAUUGAUGGAAGCAGAGUUUCAAGUGAUGUCUCCAUUAGUUCCAAUACGACAAUUCAAGUUUCUUAGAUAUUGUAAGCAACAUGGAGAUGGUUUAUGGGCUAUCGUCGAUGUUUCUUUCGAUAAAUACAGAGAAGGUGAAAACUUGAAGAGUUAUGGUGGCUUUAAGAGGCUUCCUUCAGGCUGUAUCAUACAAGACAUAGGCAAUGGUUUCUCCAAGGUAACGUGGAUAGAACAUUCAGAGUUUGAAGAAAUCCACACACUUUAUCAACCGUUGCUCAGUUCCUCCGUUGGGCUAGGCGCAACCAAGUGGCUUGCGACUCUACAGAGACGAUGUGAAAGCUACACGACCCUUUUGUCUUCUCAAGAUCACACAGGUUUGUCACUUGCUGGCACCAAGAGUAUACUAACACUGGCACAGCGUAUGAAGCGCAACUUCUACUCAGGCAUAACUGCAUCCUCCAUUCACAAAUGGGAAAAGCUUCUCGCUGAGAACGUAGGACAAGGAACGAGGAUACUGACCCGGAAGAGCCUUGAGCCGUCUGGUGUUGUCCUGAGUGCUGCAACGUCUAUGUGGUUACCAGUGACUCAGCAGAGACUGUUUGAGUUUCUCUGUGAUGGUAAAUGCAGAAACCAGUGGGACAUUUUAUCUAAUGGUGCUUCAAUGGAGACCAUGCUUCUCGUCCCAAAAGGGCAUCAAGAAGGAAGAUGCGUCUCUCUUCUUCGUCCUGCUGGGAAAGAUCAAAAUGAGAGCAGUAUGCUUAUCUUGCAAGAGACAUGGAACGAUGCUUCUGGUGCGCUGGUUGUUUACGCGCCUGUCGAUGUCCCGUCUAUGAACGUUGUAAUGAGCGGUGGAGAUUCAGCUAAUGUGCCGCUUCUUCCAUCUGGGUUCUCGAUAUUGCCUGAUGGUUCAUCGUCAUCGUCUGGUCAGGUCGAUAGCAAUGGAGGCUUGGUGAAUCAUGAAAGCAAAGGUUGUCUCCUGACCCUAGGAUUUCAGAUCCUUGUGAACAGCCUACCGACUUCAAAACUCAACGUGGAAUCUGUUGAAACUGUUAACAACCUCAUGGCUUGCACCAUUCACAAGAUCAGAGCUGCACUUCAUAUACAUGCUUAGCUAAAUUUCUAAAGACCUGUUCUUGUUUUCUC